UUGCGAGAUUAAAAUUAUAUUUUUCUAAUGUGUUACAUGUGCGUGGGAAAGUUUGAACUCACCUGUUUUUUUUUGGGAGGGAGGGAUUAACCUUUUUCAUUUUGUUUUUCCUCCAAGUUUUUUUUUUUUUUGAAGAUACUGUACAAUACUUUUUCGGGGUUCAAGUCCCAGCCCCUCCUGUGUGGUGUUUGCAUGUUCUCUGUGUGCGUUUGUGGAUUUUCUCUGGCCAAUCGGGUUUCCUCCCACAUCCCCAAAACAUGCAUGGUGGGUUAAUUGAAGACUCUAAAUUGCCCAUAGGUGUGAAUGUGAGCGCGAAUGGUUGUUUGUUUAUGCUGUAUGUGCGCUGCGAUUGGGUGGCGACCAGCAUAGGGUGUACCCCACCUCUUAACCAGAGUCAGCUGGGAUAGGCUCCAGCAUUUCCCACGACUGUAGUGAGGAUAAGCGGUACAGAAGACGGAUGAAUGGAUACUUUUUCUAAAAAAUACAAUAUAAAACUUGAACUAUUUUUUUUCCCAAGAUAAAAUGUUCUCCUGUACAAUCUUGAGAAAUAUGGCUUGUUUCUUGUAAAAAAAAGGAAACAUGAAUUUUAAAAAAAUAUAUUUUAUUAUUAUUAUUUUAAAAAAAUCUUGAACAUAUAGAUUUUUUUAAUAUGGCUAUUUGUUUAUUACUUCAAUGCUGUAAUGGGUUUUCUUGAAAAGAAUCAGCCAAACUUUUAACACAAAUAAAACAUUUUGUCCUUUUUCAGCUCAUAAUAGACCUUGACCCAUAAAUAUAAAAUCUUGAAGACUCUUUUUCCUCAAAAGCAGCAACAACAACAUGUAAUAUAUGCAAAAUCUUUUUGUUGACAAAAAAGUACUUGUUGAAAAAAUUUUUUUUCUUGGAAUUUCUUUUUCUUGGAAAGCAAUUUUUUUUUUUUACCAUUAUCCCUCAGACUUCAACUCUAUUUCUCACUAUAAAAAUUAAUCACCCCCCCAAAAAAUACUUUUUUUUUUUAAAGAUACUUUUUAAUUGUUCUUAUUUUUUUUGUUUAAUUUCACUUACUGAUGCGCUUUACUUUUUGCUUUCCCAUCUAACAGUCAUAACGCUCCCUAGUUCAACAUAAAUACUUUGAGUCAAUUGUGUCGAAUAUAUGACACAAGGUUGUUCUUUUUCGCUUACGCAGGGCCCAUAACCUGAACUCUUCGUUCUUUUACACGUCAGAUUUCAUGAAAAAAAGCAGUUGUUUCAUCAAGUCUUGAUGAAAGUGAGCGACACCACAGGAUAUUUCUUCAUAUUGCGUCACCUCCAAUAACGUCAAUAAGAUUUCAAUUUGGAUUUUCUUGUGCUCAUGUGCGCCUGCGUGGAGGUGUUGACAUUCAUUUUGCAAAACUAACUUUUAUAUCUUAAUAAAAUAUCUUUAUACAUCAAUGCCGUCAAUGUUUGUGGCAGUACUUGUAAAUAUUUUGGUUUUGAUUUCUUGCAAAUGUGUAAUAAUAGCAGUGACUGUGUGAAAUAGCAGCAGUGGAGUUUCUACUUUUUCUUUAUUUAUUUAUUUUUGGGGGCGGGGGGCAUUGAACUUCCCCCAUGAAAGUGUCAGGAAGUCGUUUCACACCUUAGAGUUGUGUUAGUCGCACAAAGCAGUGGAAGAAAGAAUGUCAGAUCAAGGAGAGACUAUGUUUGAGCCCUCGGGUUCCGAUUUGUCUACUCAACUGCCGCCCCCACUGUACGAUGAAUCGAUACAGCAGGAGCCGCCACCUUACCCCCAAGACGUGAUAGAGGACGGCGAGCCCAAAGAUGAAACGACAGGAGCCGAAGGGGACAUGGAAGGAGACGAGUCCGCCCCCGAGACCAAAUCGGAGGGUCAGGCGGAGGACGUCCCGCUGGCCGAGACGUCGGCUUUCGAAGACAAGACGGUCAGGAGGGCCUUUGUUCGUAAGGUUUUCUGUAUCCUGACGCUGCAGCUGGUGUUCACGUUCAGUGUGGUGUGCGUGUUCACCUUCUCCACUGUUGUGAGGAAGGCGGUGCAGAAGAACAUUUGGAUCUACGUCAGCUCCUUCAUCAUCUUUGUCCUGGUCAGCAUCCCGCUCAACUUCGCAAAGUCCCUCCGGCGGAAAUUCCCCUGGAACAUCAUCGGUCUGGCCAUUGUGACGUUGAGCCUCUCAUACGUGGUGGGUGCCAUGGCCUCCUACCAUGACACCCGUGCCGUGAUCAUUGCCAUGGCAACCACCUUGGCCGUCUCCCUCACCAUCAUCGCCUUCUCGGCACAGCAGCUUCUACUACGUGUACAUCACUCAAGUUUGUUACGGCUGUUUGGGGGCCCUGCUGUACUCUGUGUUCCUGAUGGCCGACUGCCAGUUGAUGAUGGGCAUGCUGAGCUACCGCCUAGACCCCGAGGAGUAUGUGACUGCGGCACUCACGAUUUACCUGGACAUCAUGCUCAUCUUCAUCUACCUGAUGAGCAGAAACUGAAACGCACGCAAAAACCACCACCACCACCUUCCCAUGGCUUUCAGUCUCUCGUGUCCAGCUUCAUUUGA